ACUGACCAUUACAUUUGGGUAGGUCUUCUUGGAAGUGUGGCCCCUUGUGUUUUAUAUGGAAGUAAUGUUGAAAGACUUGGAUCUGCUCCUGGAACAUUUUCAAAUCAUUGUUUGCCUUACUCUGGCUUGUACAUGAUUGGUAAUUCUUUCUUUGGUUGGAACUGCCUUGCACCAUGGUUUUCAUAUCCUACUCGUACUGCUAUUCGUCGAAAGUUUAACCUAGAGGGUAGCUGUGAGGCACUUAAUAGGUCAUGUGGGUGCUGUGGAAGCUGUGCGGAGGAUGAGCUGCAACGAGAGCAAUGUGAGACCGCAUGUGAUUUUAUGACUCAUGUCCUCUGCCACAGCUGUGCCCUCUGUCAGGAAGGUCGUGAGCUUCGUCGACGGCUGCCCCAUCCUGGGUUCAAUGCACAACCUGUAUUGGUUAUGAUCCCUCCUGGGGAACAAAUGAUGGGCCGCGAGGCUUGAGGGGAUUAGCAGCAUUUACAUCUGUUGCUUCAUUGAUUAGCAUGGAGAAGCUGUAUCAUGUCUAUACAUCCAUUGGCAGAUUUGUAGUGAACCUUGUGUUCAUUGUCUUUAAAACUUGUUUACUCGUUUUGUUAUACUCCAAUAAAAUAAAAAAUUGAGGACCUAGCCUAUGUUUUUGUUUAUAACUACACUAAAAGAAGUGUUUUUAUUUGUAAA